UGAAAAUUGAAUUAGUUUAGUUUCCCCAUUUUUAUUUAUUUCUUUCUUCUCUCUUUGUUCAUUCAUAGAUCACUUUCAUUAAUAUACCUCAUCUAAAGAUAAUUCAAUCUCUCGUAUAGCAUCGUAUAGCAUAUCCAUAGCAUAGAAGCUUGAGUUCAUUGUCGUUUUUUUAUUUUGUUUUUGUUUCCCUUUUUUUUGAUUUCAUUUCAAAGCCAUUUUUAAUUGCAAAACAACUUAUAGAUAGUGUCAUCUGAUAUGGCCAGCCCUAACAUUGGUGAAGACGAUCCAACCGAAUUCACUUCAUUGAUAGCCAAUAGAAGACAAUCUCAUGCAUUCUUAGAUGUCCCUAUCGGGUCAUUUAAAGGACCUAAUUCUCUUCAUAAUUUUGCUAGUUCAUUCACAAGAGCUCAAUCAUUUGCUGCUUCUAAAAUUGAUAAUGAUAUUUAUAAAAAGAGAUCUUUCUUCGUUAGUGAAGGCGAUGAUGAUGAAGAUGGAAAUAUAGAUGAUGAAUUAUUUGAUCCUGAACUUAUGGUUCCAUCAUCUCAUGGUGAAAGAUUAAGUAUUGUCAUUCAUGAUAUAAGUAAUAGAAAUCAAUUAUUCAUGAAUAAUAUUGAUAAUAACAUGUCACCAAAUAACGAUGUCUUCUAUCAUGAUGAUGUCCUUAAUGCAUUAAAUGAAUCAAGGUCAAGACAAAACUCAUAUGGCGGAAUCCCAAUUACAGGAGGCCCAAGAAAGAAGAGUAGAUUAUUUGUUUCCCCAUCAUUUUCAAGUUUUAGAUCAAGUAUUUCAUUAGCCACCACUGCAUCUCAAUUCAAUUUGAAAAAAAUUGAAGAUAAAGAUGGUAAUGUAGUUACGGUCUUAGCAGGUCAAUCAACAGCUCCUCAAACUAUCUUUAAUUCAAUCAAUGUGUUAAUUGGAGUUGGGCUUUUGGCUCUUCCAGUGGGUAUUUUAAAAGCAGGUUGGAUCAUUGGUGUACCUUUACUUGUGCUUUGUGGUAUUGUAACCUAUUGGACUGCCAGUUUAUUAUCUAAAUCAAUGGAUACUGAUAGUACCAUUAUGACAUAUGCUGAUUUAGGUUAUGCUGCUUAUGGAGCUACGGCAAAAUUAAUCAUUUCUUUAUUAUUUUCCAUUGAUUUAUUAGGAGCUGGUGUGGCAUUAAUUGUUCUUUUCAGUGAUUCUUUAUUUGCAUUAUUAGGUGAUGAUGAAGUUUGGACAAGAACAAGAUUUAAAUAUAUUAGUUUUAUCGUAUUAACUCCAUUCACAUUUAUGCCUUUACCAAUCUUAUCCAUCUUUUCAUUAUUUGGUAUCAUGUCAACCAUUUCCAUUACUAUUUUAGUCAUGGUAUGUGGAUUUUUAAAACCAGAUGCUCCUGGAUCCUUAUUACAAAUCAUGCCAACUAAUCUUUGGCCUCAAUCUUGGCCUGAUACUUUAUUAGCCAUUGGGAUUUUAAUGGCUCCAUUUGGUGGUCAUGCUAUUUUUCCAAAUUUAAAGAGUGAUAUGAGACAUCCUUAUAAAUUCAAUUCAACUUUAAAGGUAACUUAUGCUAUAACCUUAUUGACUGAUUGUUCAAUGGGAGUAUUAGGUUUUUUAAUGUUUGGUCAUUAUUGUAAUAAUGAAAUCACUAAUACCCUUUUAUUAACUCCAGGAUAUCCAAGUUGGUGUUAUCCAUUAAUCAGUGGAUUAAUCUGUUUAAUCCCCUUGGCCAAAACCCCUUUAAAUGCCAAACCAAUCAUUUCAACCUUGGAUAAUAUUUUACUUUCAGAACCUACUGAAGAUGAUGGUUGGAUAUCAUCAUUUUUCAAAUCAAGUAGUAAAUUUUUGAUUAGAAUCUUUGUUAAUGCUACAUUUGUAAUAUUAGCUAUUUUAUUUCCCGAAUUUGAUAGAAUCAUAGGAAUACUCGGAGCAUCAAUUUGUUUUAUCAUCUGCAUUAUCUUACCCUGUUUAUUCUAUUUGAAAUUAUGUGGUAGUAAAGUUGGUGGAUUUGAAAAAUUCAUAGUAAACUUUACUGUUUUAAUUUCCACCGUUUUAGCUGUAGUAGCCACUUGGGCCGUUAUAAAGUUUUAAAAUAAAAAAAAGUUUACCUUGCCCUACUAUAUAUCUUUAAUAAAUGACACUUUUAUAGUCUUUUUUGCAGUCU